AUGUCAGCCAAUAGGCCCAGGCGCGUGAAAACGAAGCCGAGAGGACCUACGAACAGAUGGGAUCACCGCCAGAGACUGGCCCUGCACAUUUUGUACACAAACUUCAACCUCGACUCGAAAGUCCGGCUUCGAGUCUUUAACGAGCUCUUCAAGGACCAUCAGCGCGGGUGCAACAUGAGAAACGGGGUGACCACUGCGAUUCUGAAUGCCCAAUACGGCGAGCGCAACAAGAAACCCAACUGGGUGGCCAUUAUGGCUGGUCCUCGCACGGUUCGUGAACAAGAAGAGAAGACUGAGCUCAUCCGAGUCCUUCGGGACAUCAUCGCUACUACUCAGCCUAAUCAGAGCCCGACUAUGUCAAACACCAGGCCAGAAGCUGUCCAAAGCCCGUCUCCUGAAGAUGAACCUAUUGUCGUGCAAAGACGCGGCCGCAAAUUCACGCCCCAGAGGCAGCCGGUAAAGACGUGGCUGGCUGGUUAUAUGCACGCACCUACUGAACAGGCACUUAGGCCGGAGAGCCCUGCCCCUGGUCAUAGUAAACAGCCCCUCGUCGUCUCACAAGCGCGUUCUGCUGUUGUUCGACACUGUCAGGAGGCUAUCGUUGGGUCGAGCUCCGCUUCCCGCGAUGAGUUGCCACCGCAUACCCCUCCGUCGAAUCGAGUUGCAGUCUCGGUCAACGUAGCGACACCAGCCACAUCGUUCUCCGCGCUCUCGAUCUCGCCCACAAAGUACAAAAGGCAGGAAAUCACUGUCGAGCUACCUCGUCAGCAUGGGCCAACUUUACAGGUGACCCCUGAGGUUGCUGCUAAGGCGAAGAUGCCAUUGGUAGAAGUGCCAGAUGCAUUGGCACAUCCGCCCACCUCAGGGCUCCUGUUCCGAUACUGGGAUGAGAACAGCUUCGGCCACAACAGCGAGACCGGCUUCACAGCCGGUCGCUUCAUGUACAACAACGUACCACCUCGCCGCGCACCGAAAUGCAAUGAACUCGAUUACGCCGACAUCGAGAACCAUCUCAAUCGAAAUCCAAUCCCGUCUCCAUUCUGCUCGGCCUCGAACUGUCUCCUCUGGAUCCUCCGACUCGCUCUGAAAGAGCACAAUCGAGGCGCCAAGCAAGGCAAAAUCACCCUGAUAGACGCAGCCAACCUCGCCCGGAAGGGCGUCUACUAUGUUCGACCCUUCCACAGACAGCUCCGCCACACGCAUUGUUUUACGAAUGGCGCUUGGCGCUAUGUCGGCACGCACGAAUUCAUAGUCUGGGCCCACAUCCCUCAGCAAGCACUGAUCCAAACCUUCACCAUUGCCGACCUCCUCGCAGCAUGCUCCCGCAUGCCAGCAAUGGCCGCCGCCCUACGCAUCGAGACAGUCGGCAGGAAACAUAAGAGCCUAAAGAAGACUAUCCUAACUCAACUCGAGGAUGAACAUGUUCCGCUCUCAGCCCAAACAACGGUCGUAAUCGCCCGCCUCUGCCGCUUCCUAGGCCUCACGGCCUCGUCCCCGCUUCCACAUCUUGAGCAUAUCGUCUCGGACGUUCUACAGGGUUGGAAACUUAGCGUUCAGCCCAUGUCUUCGGCGGAGUGGUCGCAAUUGGCGUCGCUGUGGGCUCAUAAGUUUUGUGGUCGCCAGACUCUGCCCUCGUUGGAAAGGCAGAUGACGUUGCAGAUGUGUUUCUUACAGAGUGUCAAGGCUGGGUUGGGUGAUUUCAACGUCAUGUUGGAGCCGAACUUAAUCAACAGGAUGCACCGCAAAUCCAAAGCCGUCGGUCUUGAAUCACCUACCCGCGUCGUCCUAGACGCUAUGGCCAACGCGACGACUGCUUUACUAGACUACGAAAAGCAAGUCGACCAACGAUAUGCUGAAGCUGCUAGUACGAGGCUCCUGCCUGGUAUUGAGGAGUACUUCCAGCUAGGAAGUGAUGUGCCUAGUCCGUCUUCUAGAGCCUCAAGGAUGCUUCGAGUAGGAGAGGAAGACCAGAUCAUGUUUGACGAUGAUGCAUUCGGGCUGUGA